GUUUGGUGUGUCCACCGCUCGUUUUCAUGGCUCUCCUUCACUCACUCCCUCCCUCUCUCAACCUACUUUCAAAUGCAGAUGGUCGUUUAGGAAAACCGGGGGCUCCCCCAUGGCAAAUUACAACUUUUCAAACUUUUGCACAAAAACUAGUCCAAAUGAGAAUUUGGAGAGUAGAAAAGUUCCAACUUCGGUGUCCGUUGGCGUCGCGCAUGGCCUUCUUCAAGCCGGACAUCGCUAUUUGGAUGUCAGGACCAUUGAAGAGUUCAGUGCAGGUCACACUCCAGAUGCCAUUAACAUCCCUUACCUUCACAAAAUUGGAGAAGAUAUGACAAAAAACGCUGAUUUCAUUGAACAAGUCUCAUCCCAAUUCAGCAAACAUGACAAAAUCGUUGUUGGGUGCAAGAGCGGUAGGAGGUCUAAGAUGGCUGCUACAGACUUAUUAGAUGCUGGAUUUAGUGGAGUUAAAGAUGUGGCUGGUGGUUAUGAUGAUUGGACCCAAAAUGGACUUCCAACACAAAUAUAAAACGUCACAAAU